UAUAUCAUAACCUUCCUUACUUGUUUCCAAUUAAUUUUCCCCCUUUUCCACCUUUCAACUUUUCUUAAUUCUUAUUUUUGUGUCCUAAUGGCUGGGAUUUGCUGUCGUGUUGUUGGAGAGGCCGGAGAGACUCCCUCUCCGAUCGAGCCUACCUCACGCCCUUCCGCUCGCCGGAGUAUAGACCUCCUGCCUUUCAAGUACAUAGCUGACGUCCCAAUCCCGCCGCCGGAGAACACCCGCAAGCGCCAGAAGCUGGACGCCAGCGGUUCUCCGGCGCAGCCGCGGGAGUGCCAAAACGCCGUGGAGAGUUCCGAAUCCAAGGGAGUAGUCGAGGCAGUUUCACUUCCGAAUACUUCGAAGAUUCCUGCGUUUGUCGAGGAGUGCCCGAGGUAUGGGGUAACCUCGGUUUGUGGUCGGAGGAGGGACAUGGAAGACGCCGUUUCGGUGCAUCCCUCGUUUUGCCUCGAAAAUCGUUCUCAGGAUCAGAAAGGGUUUCAUUUCUUCGCUGUUUUCGACGGUCACGGAUGCUCGCAUGUGGCGACUAUGUGCAAGGAGAGAUUACACGAGAUAGUGAAGGAGGAGGUUGAGAAAGCGAAAGAGGAUUUGGACUGGGAAAUCACGAUGAAGAAGUGUUUCGCUCGCAUGGACGAAGAGGUGCAGAGGUGGAGCAAGAGCAAGGAAGCUCCCACUUGCAGGUGCGAGCUUCAGACUCCGCACUGCGACGCCGUCGGCUCCACCGCGGUCGUGGCCGUCGUCACGCCGGACAAGAUCAUCGUCGCCAUAGGCCCAGCGAAAAAUUGGGUUGUUACAAGCAAGGGAGGGUCACUUAUUCAUAACAAAAUCUUUCCUUCCAAAUAUUUAACACAACUCUAUAUCUAA